AUGCGUGCAAUACAGAUUGAAAACGGUCAACUCACCUGGUCUACCGCGCCGGAUGUGGUCUGCGGUGUGGGUGAGGUGCAGAUACAGGUGCAUGCAUCGGCUGUGAAUCGCGCAGACCUGUUACAGGCCACCGGGGGGUAUCCGCCGCCGCCGGGUGCAAGUCCCAUACUUGGGCUUGAAUGUGCGGGUGUUGUGAUGGCUGUUGGCGAAGGCGUACAGCGUGUAUCGGCAGGUGAUCGGGUCUGCGCGCUGCUGGCUGGCGGCGGUUACGCCGAACAGGUGGUUGUACCCGCCGGCCAGGUGCUGCCUGUGCCGGCUGGUUUGUCAUUCAAUGAAGCGGCCGCAUUGCCGGAAGUUUUUGCCACCGCCUAUCUGAAUCUUUAUAUGGAAGCAGGCCUUAAAUCCCAGGAAAAAGUCAUUCUGCAUGCGGGUGCCAGUGGUGUGGGGACCGCAGCAAUCCAGUUGCUGGCGUGCAGUCAGAACCCCUGUUUUGUCACCGCAGGCUCUGCGGAGAAAAUAGAGCAGUGCACGGCGCUGGGUGCCGAGGCGGGUUUUGAUCGACACCAGGGUUCCUUCCUGGAAGCUGCACAGCAGUGGGCGGGUACAGCAGGGGUUGACGUGAUCCUUGAUCCCGUUGGCGCCCAAUAUCUGGCAGAUAACUUAACGGUUUUAGGCUCGGGUGGACGCCUGGUGCUGAUCGGUCUCAUGGGGGGCAUGCAGGCAGAAACAAAUCUUGCGCUGAUGAUGAUGAAACGACUGCGCAUUAUUGGUUCAACUUUACGCGCACGGCCGAUUCCUGAGAAAGCGGCGAUUAUGGAUCAGCUGCUCAAAAACGUCUGGCCGGACAUAGAAAAAGGGCGCAUCAAACCGAUUAUUGAGACGGUGAUACCUCUGCAUGAGGCGCAAAAAGCCCAUGAACUGGUGGCUGCCAAUAAUACUGUUGGCAAGGUAAUCCUCUCUCUGGAUUGA